AUAUUUUUCUUCCGGAAGCGCACGAGUACUUACAAAUCAUGGCGAUGACACCACGAUUACCCAUUUGAUAGUGAAUAAAUCAUUAAAAUGUCAAAUAUUACGGAGGAAGUAACCUUUGGUCAGUUUGAUGACUUGUUCGAGUUAGAUCCUGAAGAACAUGCCAAAAUAGUGGGGAUUUUACGUGGACAGGAAAGACUGGACUCGGCUAAAGUAGAGUUUCCUUGGGAUGAUGAAGUGAAAGGUGCUAUGGGAGUUUCUGUACAUUCCAACAAAUAUUCACCUGAAGAAAACAUAGGGUUUGGUGCUUACGGUGCUAGUUACCAGUAUUCAGAAUAUAAUGAAGAUGUGUCUCAAACAAUUCAGUUUGGCUAUUCUGAGCCUGACGAGUAUACAACAUACCCGCAACACUAUGGCCACCAUAGCCACCACUACACAGGAGAUUAUAGUGAUAGACAGGGUGGGGAUUAUUCCGAGAACAAUGCUGCAGAUGUGAACAGUGAAAAUGAAGGCAAGUCAAAGCUGCAAGCUAGUUUAAAAACAUACGAAAGAAGGAACAAAAAGAAAAGACCACCAAAUUACUACAACCAACCGGAUACACAUGGCCAUAGUGGAAUGAACCAUAAUACCAUAGCUCAGCCAAUGGUGGUCCAACAAACCUUUUCUAUGCCCCCACCUGGUCUUCACCCAAUACAUUAUCCUCCCAUGCCCUUACACCCCCCUCUCCACAUGGGCCAUGUGGGCAUGCCUGGUAGUGCCCCAACCAAUGUACUGUAUGCAACCUUCACCCCUUCUCACUACACUGGUACUAGCACACCUGUGGGGAAUGUGGGUGCUAACUAUGGCCACAUGCCUGUCCAUGAUAGUGAUAGGCAAAACAGUGAUCAUGCUUUAAUGGAAGUAGUUGUAGAACAAAAUGCAAUUCCUACAAAUUCAGUGUACAUUCCUCCUAGAGCUGAGACAUACCAAAACCAAGAUCAUGAACGGACUAGUAACAGAGUUAGUUAUGGUGAUUCAGAAUCAAAUGUAAACAAUGAACUCUCUGUGGAUAAGUCUACACAUGUGAAUGGAGGUGCUACAAACAGUGCAGUGAAUGUGUCUAUUAAGAACACUAUGGUCCAUGAAACAUCUAGUCUAACAAACGCUGAAUCAACAUAUGCAAACGUUUCAUACCAACCAACAACUAGUUUCAAUACAACUGAAGUUGAACCUUCAAAUGACUUGCCAGAAGUUCAUGCAUGCAAAGUUACUGAAAAUGAACAAGCAACAGACUUCAAUAAAAAUAAUGAUAGCAAGAAAGCUGAAAGCACACAGCCAGUGGUGGAGCCUCCAAAGCCCAAAUCCUGGGCUGGACUCUUUAAGAGCCCUGCCUCCCAACGCUCGGCUGUAGUAAACAAUCUAGGCAUUGACACCAGUGAAGACAUCUCUGUAAGCACCGAGUCUGAGUCCAGUAUCUCCAAACUGCUGGAGUUUCCACCUGUGACAGUGCCUGCUGCAGAGGAUAGUGUGGCAAAAGAUCUCGGAGAGAAGCUAUCCAAGAUGACCAUCAGUCAUUCUACAAUAGCCCUGCAGCCUCGUGGACUUGUCAAUAGGGGAAACUGGUGCUACAUCAAUGGGACCCUGCAGGCCUUGAUAGCCUGUCCCCCUUUCUACAACUUACUGAGGAAGCUGCCCCGGUACCCUGCAUUGUCCAGAGGCCCCUCUUCUACCCCCAUUCUCGAUGCUUUGGUGGAAUUUGUGCACGAGUUUCAACCUAUGGCAAGAAGCACAGUUGAAAGAGGCCAGACAAAAGGAACCAAGGAUAUUACGCCAGGUCCGCCCUUUGAACCAUCCUAUGUCUACAAGAUACUGCCACUCAUUGGAGUCAACUCUCAGUUCAAGUGUGGUAAGCAGGAGGAUGCAGAAGAAUUCCUCAGCUUCAUCCUGGAUGGUAUGCAUGAGGAGAUGUCAGCUGCAGUGCACCUCACUGCCGACACACAGCACAAUGGUACAGAUGAGACAGAGGAGACCCAGUCCAAUGGUUUCAUAGACGUGGGUGGGGAAGAUCACAUUGAGGAUGAUGACUGGGAACAAGUUGGACCCAAGAAAAAAUCAAUCACCACCAGAAGGGCUAACUUUUUCAAGAGCCCCAUAGCCAACAUAUUUGCUGGCAUGCUACGCUCUGCAGUGUUUAAGGCAUCGGCCAAGGAGACUGCCACUCUACAGCCAUUCUUCACUUUACAACUAGAUAUCCAGUCAGAGACUGUGCGGUCUGUACAGGACGCCCUGGACCAACUGGUCAGCAAGGAGCAGAUCAGUGGCUUCACCUGCCCCACCACCAACUCUGAGGUGGAGGUGAGCAAAAAGUUGAGCCUUGAAGAGUUACCGCCUGUGUUGAUUCUGCACCUGAAAUGUUUUGUGUACAACAAGGAUGGGGGAUCUCAGAAACUAAUGAAGAAGAUUGACUACAAAGUGGAACUGGAGAUCGCAAAAGACCUUCUGUCACCCAACGCAAGAAACAAGCUGAGUCUUCAGCAGAGGUCAUAUAAGCUGUUUGCAGUGGUAUAUCAUCAUGGUAAGAACUCUACUGGAGGCCACUACACAACCAGUGUAUUCCAUCCGGGCAUCAAUGGCUGGGUGAACUCUGACGACAGCACAGUGAAGACUGUACCGCUUACAAGCGUGCUUCGCUCCAUCCCGCCCCGUGUUCCCUACCUGCUGUACUAUCGCCGGCUCGAUAGCCAUUAGAAUUGAGAGGGGGAACUUGUUUGGGUUUUCCCAUGCUUCUCAACUGCUGUAUGCACAAUAUCCACAUUGGGGUAGGGGAAAUGUUGGGGCUGCCCCUACCUUCUUAAUAGGUAAUUUGGAUGAGAGGGAGAACUAUUUGGGGUUGCCCCUUCAUUCUCAACUGCUGUAUGCGCAAUAUCCACAUUGGGGUAGGGGGAAGUGUUUGGGCUGCCUGUAACUUCUGUAUUAUGGCCUGCUUGAUAGCUGAUACGGAGGAGAACUAUUUGGGGUCGCCCCAUUCUCAAGUGCUGUAUAUGAGAAAGCUGGGAGGGGAUAGGGAGAAAAGUUGGGUCUGCCCCUACCUUCUCAAAUUCUGUAUGUUUCAAUAUUACUGCAGACAUGAAAGCCAUAAAAUGGGAUUGGGGCAAAAAAACUAUGUUGCUGAUAGAAACAAUGAGGAGUGAGGGAUGACACAUGAGGAACACAUAACUGAUUGGUGUCCUGUUGGCCGAGAUGUUGAACUGUAUUAUGUAAGUGCAGACUCCAUUGAAGCUAAUUGUGGAGAAAUACAGAAUGGGGCUGUUACAUGGGAAACCUGUAUGUCAAUAAGCAUAAUGUUGUUCUGUUUUAACAUGUACUUGAUGGCUUCUUGUUGGGGAUUAAGUGACGAUCCUUUGUGAAAACGUUAUGUUACACAGUGAAAUUAAAUCUGUGACAUUGUCAUUGAAUUAGAAAAACACUUAUGUUAUACAGAUUUGCAGAUAUUUUCUUUGUGUCUAAAACUAACUUCUACCCAUCAUUUGUAGCUGACAUUUGAAUGUUGUAAAAACCCACAAGAUGUAAAUAUGCCCUUUGUUACAUUAUUCAGGUCAAUUACAAAAUGGCACUUAUAGGUGCUUGGCUCAGCAUAGUCAGAAUUAUGUUGACUAUGGGUUUCAUUUGCAUUUACCUCUCACUUUAACUUUCACAAAUUUUUUGUUUAAAUUUUGAUAUUUAUUUGCUAAGAUGUUAUAACAAUUUCUACUGGAAAAAUAUAAGACUCUUCAAUUUGUUUAACUCAUGUCUCUGAUGCUUAUAUACUUCAGUAUUUGGUAAAUUGUUUUGUAUUGACAGUUGCCGUUUGUGUCUGAAGUCUUCUUUUGAAAUGAUUAUUUAAUUGUUUUAUAUUCAAGAACUGAAUGUGUAUUGUUGAAGUUGUUAAAUCUUUGUUUCCUAUGAAACCACUUGAUUCUUGAACUGUUCUAAACAUAGCAUCUUAAAGUGUUGUUAUUGUUGCAUAAAAAAUAAUCCAUGUUAGUUAUCAUAUAUGGAUAUGUUUUCGUGUUGUUUGUUUUGAGUUGCCUCCCUUAUUAUGUAACUCUGUUAUAAUGCACCACAUUCAUAUUGGUUUUACACAGAAAUAGUUGCAUAUUGACAGAUUUAUUAUACUGGGCUCACACUGUCUUGUACCAAUUUGAUAAUUUGCUCAAGAAAAAAUCAGAUUGGCUCCAAUGUAAAAAAAGACAAUGUCUUCUUGCCAUAUCAAAACAAGCUAUUGGUAUUAAUUUGGAUGUUUAUUUGGCCUUUUUUACAGACUGGUUUAUGUUAGAACACAUUAUUUUCUACACAUCACAGCUAAUUUUCAAUUACCAGUCAGUCAAUGUCUCUAGUACUUUUGCAUUUUGUGUUUUGACCCAGCAAUUUCUUAUCAAGUUUUAUUGAACUUAUAAAAACAUAAUGAGCAGUUGGUCAGCAUUAAUUGCCUAAUUCAAGAUGAUAGCUAACAAUUUCUCUUUCAAAAUACAAAAUUGUUGAAAAUUGGUUAGGAAAAAAGUAUGUCCUUUAUAAAUCAAUGGAUUUGUUAUUGGUACAGUCAAAUUUCAACAGUUUUAAAAAGUUCUUUUAUUUGAGUUUUAGCUCCAUAUUUAAUAUCAAUGUUAUUUGUUAGAUUUGUAAAGUCUACUUUAUUAAUUUGAUGUAACAUUAUAUGCAUAUUUUGUUCCACUGAUAUUUUUCCUGUUUAGAAACCAACUUAAAAAAAACCUUUAGAUGUAUUUGAAUUUAUUUAUGGAUAUAUUUUGUUAUAGGUCUUGUCAUGCUUGUACAUGUAAUAACAAUAUAUAUGUAGGCAUAGUAAUAAACAAAAAAUAACACAUACUGGCAAAAACAAAUGUUUGAAAUCUUCAUUUGCAAGUGCUUAAUUUAUUUCUGAAGACAUAAUAGAAUUGAUAGCAGUAUUCAAACAUUAUUGAUAAUGAAAUGUUUAUGGACAAACUAACUUGCAAUGUCCUCGCUAGUAAAAAAUAAGACUCAAGAAAAAUUUGAUCCCUGUAAUAAUUUUUUUUUCCGAACAAGCUUAGAGUAGGUCCGUACUGACACAUGUUGUUGUAACAUAAUAUUGAUCUCUUAGAUUAGGACAGAUGUCAAACUCUGGAUAUCAAUAAUUAUUGUUGUGCUUGUAAAUAAUAAACUGUUGAAAAUAAGUUUUAAAUAACAUGCUAUUUAUUGUUGCAUAUUUUUGUAAUGGACGUAUUUUUAUAUUUGACUAUAUAUUGGAUUCAUGGUAAAUACCAGUAAGCAACUGUGAUACUGGUUGAUGUUUCUAGCAUUAUCACUUAAUUAAAGUAGUUUUGGUGAUAUAAAAAUAAAUAUGAUGAUUUACUUGAAUAAAAGAUAACAAUAAAUAGCAAUUGGUUUGAAACAAGCUAUUGUUUUCCUGAAAUGAAACAUGUGUCAUUAAAACAAAGGAUUACAGCUUAUUUGUUGAUGUGAUAGCAUUUUCAAUUUGUUAGUUGAUUUGGGAACUAGCUAAUCAACUGGGUAAAUUGGGAUUGCUUUGUUAUCUGCUAUUGUUUGCUUUAUCAAUACCACUUUAUACAGGUGGAUUUGCUGUGUAAAGGGAAUUGCCUUCAGUUCUUAAAACCAAAUUUCAAGAAAUCUCUUUGAGACAUGUAAGUGUAUACAUUUCAGAACUAAAAUAUGUUUUUCUGAGAGCCCAGGAUCUUUGUAACUUUCAUCCAAGCUUAAUUCAAUUAUGCAACUUGCGUUUGGUUGGAUGUUUCAUGAUAUUAAAUGCACACUUGUUUAACCGUUUUCCACUUAGAUACGUAUUUUGAUGCAUUUGUAGUCCCUUAGAAAGUAACAUUAAAAUUUUAACAAAAUACCUUUCUUACAAGAUUCAAGUUUUAAAGACUUCAUUUCAAACCAUUAGUUACUAAAGCGCAGAAAACAGCAUAGAACCUGAACAAACUGCGAGUUACUCGCAGGCAGUUUUGGUUUUAUGCUAGUUGCAAAAGCCAUUUUCACUUUGCCUCUUAUGGGGGAAAGCGUUCAAUCUGCUAGUGUUCUCACUAUCAUAUAAACAUUGUUAAUUGGUUUGUUGUCUAUCAUUGAUGUCCUUAUACAACAUGAAACUAUUUAUAAUACUAAGCUUUUAUAUCUGAAUGGUAUGAAAUUGACUGUGAAACAGUUUGCUUUGCUGCUAAUAUGUAAAUUUCACUUUUAACGUACAGAUAAUGAAAAAAAACAACGUAUUUUGAUUGUAAAUAAUGUGGUAUGUACAUGUAUGUGAAUGGUACAAUUAACAUUUUAGAAACACACUCUUAAAGACAUGUAUUAGAAUGUCCUUUAUUUGCAAAAUGUACAUCUAUGUAGAAUAGGCGUUUUAUACACAGAUGAUAAUAAUGAAAUAAAAUUGAACCAUGCUGCAGGAGCAUGAUAA